AAUGUGAUCUCUAUACAGAAUUUUAAUUUUGACUUUACCUUGAAACUUGACUGCUGACAAGAAUGCAAGCCGGUACGGUCACUGAAACAAAUUGUGUUCAUUUAUUUCUCAAACAUUGACGAGUCAUUGAAACAGGAGAUUAAUUCAUGAGAGUGUUGUUCCACAAUGCUAUGCCUUCCCCUUUAUAUAAUCGGCUAAUCUCUGGAAAGUAUUGUGCUGUCCUCUUUCCAGUAACUCAGCAUUGUCCUAAUCCCCCUGCAAGUCCAAAUUGAAAUUAAAAAGUCCCACUGUCGGAAACAUGGCUAUACACAAAGAUGGAAAAAGUGUCAAUAAAUAAAAUACAGAUACAAUGUAAUGGAGAAAGAUUUCUAUGUAGCAAAAGUCAAAAAUACAAAUAUCUUGCAAUAUUAGGGUAAGUUUCAAAGAGUUGUGAUAAUACUGUAGUAAAUAUUUGUAUGUGUAUAUUUUUAUACAUCUAUGUUAGUGAUUAUUAAUACUCAGUGGAUCAGAGUGGGUGUCUGGUAUUAAUUAAUUGUAAACAACUCCCCUGGAUGAUGUCAGAGGAUUAGCAGUGGAGAGGUUUAUCACGUGUAAUGAUGUUUGUGUGUUAGCUGUGUGUGCAUCAGAGGCGCUGUGGACAGGACAGAGAACACCUGACAAAGUAAGUCUUCAUAUGUUUGUAAUUAUUUUUUCUUAAACUUAAAUCUAUUGAACUCUAAAUAAAUCUGCUGAUGCAGGAGCAUGUUGGAGAAAAUGAGCUCUCUGGAUGACGUCCCGUUUCAGACCCCACUUGGUCCACUGCAGGAAGAAGUACAGCUUGUGACAGUCCCAGACAUCACUUUACCAGACUGUGGUCGGAUACUACGAGACACUGAGUAUGGUUUCAACUUGGAGAAAUGGAUUUUAACUGGGCAGCAGCUGGACUGUACGGCCCCCUCCUGCCCCCCCUACUGGCUGAUGUUUAGCACUCCUCAAAAGAGUCGCCGAACCAGACGCAGGAGCAGCGACCCCUGGAUCGUAUCAGCUCAGCUCCGCAGUAACAGCCUGAACUCUGUAGACUCUUGCUGGCAGCGCCAUUGCACUGUGAGGUUCCUCUUAUCUGACUCUGAGGAUGAUGAUGGUUACUUUGAGGAUACUGAAGGCUCCUCCGCAGAAGAUACACGCCGCCCCAUCAUGAGCAGAGAAUUGCCUUGGAGCUCUGCACCUAAAGACCCGCUCUCCAGAGUCAAAGACAUGCACUGUGCUCAUUCCUCUCACCACUGUAGGCCUGCAUCAUCUCAGGGCCUCAGAAGAUCCAGAGGCUCCUCACCUUCUCUUCAAAACAGCAGACAACCUCUACGAGCCCUUGAGCAGCACAGGUCUGAUCAGGCCAGCCCAAUCCCUCCUGGGCAGAAAAAUACCAAAAAGAAAAGUUCACUUAGAUCUGUGGUCCGAAAAUUCUCCCAAAACACACCCCCUGCCAGUCCUGCUCCCUCCAGGCUUAAACAGAUACGACCUUCCUCUGCAGGGCCUUUGGUCAAACACCACAGACAGGGCCGGAGAACAGGCAGCUCCUGUGGGGUUUUCUUUGACUCUGCAGCAGAGUUGAUGUCAGCACUCAGCCAAGAGGAGAGGGAGCUACUUGAAACCAUCACAGAGAAGGGCUACCCUCUGCGCACAGCCAUUCUGGCUCUUCAGAAGACCGGCUUUCACAGCCCAGAUAAGAUCCUAAAAUACCUGGCGGCAAGUUACCGUCUCUGCGAGCUGGGUUACGAGGAAGCACAGGUGGAGGAGGCCAUGGAGAUGUUUCAGAACUGUGAAAGCAAGGCUGCAGAGUUCCUGCACCUCCUGACACAGUUUAACGAGAUGGGUUUUCAGCAAAGUGCCAUCAAAGAAGUGCUGCUUGUACAUGAAAAUCACCGCGAACGAGCGCUUGAAGAACUCAUGACACGCAUGGCGUAAACACAACAUCUUGUUUCUGCUGUGUUACAGAAUAACCUCACGUCUACAGUGUAUGUGAAAAGCACUAUAAAACAUCAAAUAGUGUGGAUAGAGACAGAUGACAAACUAUUACAGAACUUGAACUCAGAUGAGAAACAAAACAUCAAUCAAAAUUUAAAAUGACAGAAGGUGGCCAUUUCAUGAGGAAAAGGUUGAAAGGAUUAACCUUUUUAAAAGCAUUUAUUUACAGCUUAUUACAAAAAGCACUGAAAAUAUUUCACUUGUGAAGAGCUGUCAUUCCAGCUGGAGAAAGAAAAUCAUUGUGCACUGAAUAUCUGCUACAGUGCUAACACAAUGUAGUGCUCUAGGUAUAGUCAUGUUUGAGUUAAAAGGCUGUAUCCCACCCCCCUAAAAAGUCAAAUAAAAAGCCACAACCGCUGUGGUACAAACAUCAUUAACUUGCAUACCCAUACAAACAUUAUAAACGGCUUCAGUUGAAAGACCAAAGAUGGUUACACAGAUGUAAAUAUUUACAGGUUAUGUAAGAAGUUUACAUUAAGGUUCACUCCCACCCCCCUUGUCCUCUAUAUAAAAACCACACCAAACUGUUGCAAGGCUCUGGGGUAGCUUUGAUCCAUCACUGAUGACUGACAGUGGAGUUCAGAAUACCUGUCUUCACGGUCGAUUUAGAAGCUUUCGAGAGGUCUCUCUGAAAAGAAAAGUCAAAACAACCAUUAGUAUCUUUGUUCAUAUUUGAGCUGUAGAAAUGUUAAGAUGAGACAUCAUGUACAAGUCAAUGUGUGUCCACAGGGUGUAGCAUGUAAGAAUGAUGCCUAAUACUUGUGAAACAUGUUUUUGUCCUGAAGUCAGAGCAAUGUGUUGGAAGGUUAAACUGUGGCCUAGAAAACCUGGUGGUUGAGUCUUUGGUUUUAAUUGGAUGAUUAAAGAAAACAAUUGGAACUCUUUCACUAUUUUAUAACCAACUGAACUUC